AUGGACUCUAUCGCGCGCAACCAGCUCACUGUGGUCGACAUUCGGCGUCUUGAGGAUGGCCCUCAGAAACCACUCGCCAAUGCCCCCUGGCCUCCUAAUCACCAGGAUAUCCUCAACGCCCGUUGCAGAUUGCCGGUCUACGGCAGUUAUGAUCAGAUCCUAGACACUUAUCACCAAUCACAGGUGAUGAUUAGAUCGGGCGACACUGGAUCGGGCAAGUCGACGCAGGUACCACAGCUGCUCGUCCACGACGAGUGGGCUAGCGGUCUUAAAGUCGCCGGUACACAGCCACGCCGGCUGGCAGCUAAGGAGCUGAGGUGUAGUAGUCUUGGGCGAAACGAAGAGAUGGGCGUGCGUGAUACCUGUCGUACCUUCACCCAGAUUCUCGGGGAAGGAGGGAGACCGGACAAAGGCAGAUUGACCAUCUCAACGCCGCGAGUUCUUUUCAUCAUUGUGGUUGACGGCAGAUAUGACAGGACCACCGACGGAUCUUCCAAGCGAGAGAGCCAAUAG